AUGUCACAUAGGGAUCCUGGGCCAAUUCCAAAUCGUUGGCUCAAUUGUCCCAAACAUGCCAUACAACUAAUUGCUAACACCUUUCUGGCAUUUAAGACACCGUUAGGGUCGCAAUUCGAUGAAAAAGUUCCUCCUGAAUGUCGAUUUACUCCAUCAAAUCUGUUCUCAAACAUAAAGGUGUUAAAGGUUAAGCUUGGAUUAUGGAUUGAUCUCACAAAUACUACUAGAUUCUACGAUAAAAGCGAAGUUGAAAGAAAUGGGUGCAAAUAUGUUAAAAUGUCAUGCCGUGGUCAUGGAGAAACACCAACGCAAGAACAAACUAGACAAUUUAUUGAUACCAUAACAAAUUUCAAACUAAACCAUCCAGAAGAUAUUAUUGGAGUGCACUGCACGCACGGUUUCAACCGCACUGGAUUUUUAAUAGUUUCAUAUAUGGUUGAGGAAAUGGAUUUCAGUUUGGAUGCAGCACUGCAUAGUUUUUCAAAAGUAAGAGAGCCAGGAAUAUACAAACAAGAUUAUAUAGAUGAGCUGUACAGGCGGUAUGAGGAGGAUCCAUCAGACUUUGCUCCCACUGCACCCCCGAGGCCUCAAUGGUGUGAAGAGGAAGAGUAUCAAGAGGGGGAUUAUCAAGAUUUGCAACCUGAGCUGUCGUCACAUUCUUCUCAAAACUUCGGCAACACGUCCACUGCCAAUGACAGCAGCAAAGGGAGAAAAGGCAAGAAGGACAGGCACAAUAGGAAGGAAUUCAAGAGGAAAGAGUUCGUGCCGAUUAUAAGCGGCGUGGACUUCCACGAGAAUGAGAAGGACGUUGAACAAAUACAGAAGAAGGUGCAGGAGUUCUGCAAGUGGACCGGCAAGGGCUUCCCCGGCUCGCAGCCGGUUUCCAUGACCCACAUGAACAUUGUAUCCUUGCAGAGGAAGCCCUACAGGGUGUCCUGGAAAGCGGAUGGAGUCAGAUACAUGAUGUUGAUCGAUGGAGAGGACAGGGUGUUCAUGGUGGACAGAGACAACUGUAUAUUCAAAGUGAACGGUCUGAAGUUUCUUCACAACAAGACAAUGCAUCAUCUUAAGAAUACUCUCCUGGAUGGGGAAAUGGUGGAGGACAAAGAAGGCGGGCAGGUUAAGACGAGAUACUUAUGCUACGACAUAAUCAGAUUCGAAGGAAUGAAUGUCGGCAGGGAGUCCUUCUUUCCCGUUAGACUUAUGUGCAUAGAGAAAGAGAUUAUCAAUCCGAGGAAUAGGGCUCUUGCCAAAGGCAUGAUCGGCAAGGGACCAUUUAGCGUGCAUCUGAAGGAGUUCUGGGACAUAAAAAUGACCCAUUAUCUGUUAGAGGAGAAAUUCUCUAAGAUGCUGACACACGAACCCGACGGGCUGAUAUUCCAGCCGGCUAAGGAGCCUUACGUGUCGGGCGCUUGCAAGGAGGUGUUGAAAUGGAAGCCAAGCGACAUGAACAGCGUCGAUUUCAGGCUGCAAAUCGUCACCGAGACAGGAGUUGGCAUUCUGACGAAGAAAAUAGGCCUGUUGUUCGUGGGACGCGAGAAGAAUUCGUUCGGGAAGAUAAAACUCACUAAAGAGAUUAAACACCUGCACAACAAAAUCAUCGAGUGCAAGUACGAAAACAACCAGUGGGUGUUUAUGAGGGAGAGGACGGACAAGUCCUACCCUAACAGCAGGGACACGGCAGAAGCCGUAGUCGAAAGCAUAUUCAAUCCAGUAACCAAGGAGUACCUGUUGGAUUUUAUUAAGCACCAAGGUUUCCAAGACGACGAUGCGCCGCCCGAGAAGCGUCCCCGCAAU